AUGUCAUCUAAACACUUCAUCAAUGAUCCCACCCAUCUCGUGCUCUCGGCUCUGAAGUCCAUCACUCUCACCAACCCAACCACAGCCCUCGACGAAGAGAACAAAGUCCUCUAUCUUCGACCAGACGCCGCCAAACCCCAGGUCUCGCUCGUCUCGGGUGGAGGUUCUGGCCAUGAACCGUCUUUCGCAGCGUUCGUAGGUCGUGGUCUCCUUUCAGGAGCAGUCGCGGGAACGAUCUUUGCUUCUCCAAGCGCAGAGCAGAUCCGAAGAUGCAUUCUGCAGCGCGUAGAGGCGAGCAAGGGCGUACUGGUCGUAGUCAUGAACUACACCGGCGACGUGCUGAACUUUGGCAUGGCUGUUGAAAAGGCCAAGGCAGCAGGCAUGGAGGUGGAGAUGGUCGUUAUGGGCGAUGAUGCUGGCGUGGGCAGGGAGAAAGGUGGCAAGGUUGGACGGAGAGGUAUUGCUGGUACGGUGCUUGUGCAUAAGAUUGCGGGCGCUUUGGCGGCAGACGGAGCAAGUCUUAAGGAAGUACACAAGGUGGCGCAGAUGGUAGCGGACAAUACUGUUAGUAUUGGGUCAUCGCUAAGCCAUGUACAUGUCCCUGGCCGUGGUGCUACAGAAGAGGAGCUCAAGGAGAACGAGAUCGAGAUUGGCAUGGGUAUCCAUAACGAGCCAGGGUCGGAGAAGACGAAAGCAGAUCUUCCUGCCAAUGUCAAGACUAUGCUGAAGUAUAUGCUGGACUCCUCGGACAAAGAUCGAGCAUUCUUGUCCGCUAGCAGCUCGGAUGAGACCGUGUUACUGGUCAAUAAUCUAGGUGGUGUCAGCGUACUCGAGCUCGGCGGUAUCACAACAGAAGUCGUGACGCAGCUGAGCAAAGACUACGGCAUCAAGCCUGCCCGAAUCAUAGCAGGCACUUUUAUGACCUCCCUCAACGGCCUCGGAUUCUCCAUCUCUUUGCUCAAGACCAAGGACACCGGAGUCGGCAGAUCGAUGAUCGAGCUACUGGACGCACCAGCCGAAUGCGCGGGCUGGUCUGCUCCAAUUUCAAGCAGCACCUGGGCCAAACCGCCAAGUCAGACUCGUGAUCAAAGUACUGCAGGAGCCGGCGAGAACAAACCUUGCGGUCUCGAGAUCGAUCCAGCUGUCGCGACGAAAGCACUGAGGAGCGCACUCGAGCGUGUCAUCAAAGCGGAGCCCGAUAUCACACACUACGAUACGGUAGUAGGCGAUGGCGACUGCGGUAUUGGUCUCAAACGCGGCGCGGAAGGAGUCCUGAACCACAUCGACGGCGCUCAGCAACAGAAAGAUGCGGGGCUCUAUCUCGACAAGAUCAUUAGCAUAGUCGAGAACAGCAUGGAUGGGACAUCAGGGGCACUAUACGCCAUCUUCCUCAACGCUCUCGCCCAUGGUCUACGCUCGCAAGGCAACGGAAGUGGUUCGAAGCCAGUAGAUGCGAAGGUCUGGGCGAAAGCGCUGGAGAUUGCGUCGCAGAGUAUGGGUAAAUACACGCCUGCCAAGCCGGGCGAUAGGACUCUGGUGGAUGCUCUGGCACCUUUUGUGGAGGAGUUGGGCAAGUCGAGUGAUGUGCAGAAGGCGGCGCAGGCGGCGGAUGAAGGGGCGAAGAAGACGAAGGGGAUGAAGGCUAGUCUUGGUAGGACGGUGUAUGUUGGUGGGAGUGGGUAUGAGGAAGUGCCUGAUCCGGGCGCGUAUGGGUUGGCUGAGUUCUUUAGUGGACUGGCUGCUGGGCUGCAGUGA